AUGUCCGAGCCAGGCCCAGAAUCUUUUCCCACAAGCGCAGACCCGCGUAGCAAGCGGCCAACAAAGCGCCGCGCCGUGACACCACACUCCGAACACGCAAAUCAGAUCGAGACCCUCUUCAAAGAUCCAAGCAAGGAUAUCAAGCUACCUGAUCCCUCUUCUCAGCGCUCAUCAUCGCUGCUUGCGCCCCCUGAGAUCGUCACCAAUGUCCAGGGUUCCUCAGCCGGUGCGGGCUCUGGUGAAUUUCACGUGUACAAGGCCAGUCGGAGGCGUGAAUAUGAGCGUCUGCGCAUGAUGCAGUCCGAGGUCGACCAGGAGAAAGAUAAUGAGAGCUGGGAAAAGGAGCGCGCAGAAGCCAAGCGCAAGGAUGACGAGAAGACCGACAAGAACCGCCGGAGGAGGGAGAAGAAGAAGAAUGCUCGCGGAAAGAAGGGUGGUGAUAAAAUGGAUAUAGCGCCUACCAAGGCUGGACCUGCUCCUGGAACUAUGGUCAGCGCGGAUGGAGACAGCAAUGGAGCGGCGGAUGGUCAGCCGGCUCACGAAGUCCCCGGUGUCAUUAUCCAUGACGAUGAUUGA